AUGGAUCGACCAGAACAUUCCUACGAAUGGCUUGAAAAAAAUCUCAAUAUAAGUAAAAACAAUGAUAUUUAUUUCAUAAAAGACGCAGCACGACUUGACUAUCGUAUUUAUGAUACUCCUAAUAGCACACUUCCUUACUCUAAAUAUUCAAGAAAAAUGGAAAUUUCCGAUUUGCUUGCGAUCGAUACAAAAGUGAUUCAUUUUGGUUCUCUAUUUGGAACAUUUCGCGUGGUGCCUGAAUUGUCAACCAACUUAGAGCAUGCUGUCUUUAUUCGAAAACAUCUUGUCCCAACCAAUUCCCUCGUUCAACGUGCUGCGAAUCGCAUUAUCAACAAAUUAGGUGGCGCUAAAAACUUUAUAGGGCUUCAUAUACGUGUAUCCGAUGGUUUUUUUAUGAAAUUUGCCAGACCAAACAUUGAUAAAAUCUAUCAUCAAAUCAUUGAUACAUUUACGAAUCUUUCUCCGCAAGAAGUAGACGUUCUCGAAGGUGGCACACAUGAUAGUGAUAUCUUAGUCGAUGAUACUGUAGAUUUAAGUAAACGUCAAUCUCGUAGUAUCGAAAUUGAUAACAGCUCAUACCAAGAAAUUGUUAAUCUAAACACUCUGAAAGAAGUAAAAUGUCGAAAACCACUUCAUCCAACAGAUAAAGGUGUUAACACUAUUAUUUAUAUUGCCACAGAUGCAGAAUCUCCACGUACCAAUCCGUUACUAUUCAAAUUUUUUAAUACUUUUCCUUGUGUAUUUAUCUUGGAUGAUUUUGAUCAGGAAUUAGCUGAAAUAAAAAGUGUUAGAAAUGCAGAAGACAAAACCCCUUUAGUUAGCUAUCUUAUUCCCUUGUUAGAUGCCACGAUCUCUGCAAAUGGAUUUCGUUUUUAUGGUACACCCAGAUCAACAUUUAGUAAAUAUAUUGACAAGACUUUGCAUCCAUUGUAUUCGGGAAAGGAAUUAUUAAUAGAGUUAGAGUAA